AUGGUGGCGCUGUUGGAGCAGUACGACUUUGUGGAUGGGGACGGUGCGUUCAAUGAACACUCCCAUAUGGUCCUGCUGGAGCUGGUGAUCGACAGUGUUGGCAACUACUAUUUCCUGGUUAUCAAUAACACAGAAGGCACUUUUCCUCACGUCGUAGUCUCAAAACAUCUGGACCGGAUUUUGACCGGGACUCAAAAAGACAGCGAGAGAAAGACGGAGCCAAAUAUUCUGGACAGUGAUGAGACCGAGGCACUGGCAUGCGCCUUCCACCAGAUGAUGUCGAGGACACGUCCCUCCCGUAAAACCCCAUCCGGUCCUAAAGUGGACAACCGCACGGCUGGCUGCCAGACGACGGAAUCAGCCCUCGCUCCCUGCGAUGACUGUCGUCAAGUGCAGUCGAUUUUGAGGAAGACGGGGGCCGCUCUGGUGGUGCUGUUUCAAAGCGAGGCUCUGCCCUCUUCCCUGCAGCCGCUCUUGGCUGCUGUGGAGGAAACCCUGGAGCUGGGACAUGACAUGACGGCAGGGGAUGUCGCCCAGUGGGCCAGUGUGCAGCUCGGUGACAUGCGGCGGCUUGGAAAACACCUCCAAAACGUGCGGGGCACGGUGCAGCCUCUGAAAGAGAGACUGGCUGCGGCGGAGGCGGCGCGCGAGCGGUUCAGGUUUCGGUUGGAGAGGGCACAGUUGGAGUUGCAGGACCAGAUGGAAAAACGCCAGGCGACCAUUGACCAGCUGGGCUUUGCACUCGGGGAGGCCCAGAGAUUCACUGAAGCAACAGAGCAAAGGCUACAAGAGGAGCAACAGCAAUUUAAGAGAGAAAAUGAGUCUUUGGAGGAGAGUAACGCCAGAUUGGGAGAGACGGUCGCGCUGCAGCAACGUGCAUUACACGCUCUGGAAUGUGAAAAGACCACACUGCAGGAGACGGCCGAGGCGGAGGACGAGGCCCGUCGUCAACUGCAACACAGGAUCCAGACCCUGGAGAGUGAACUCUCUGAGACCCGGGUCCUCCUUCACCAAGAAAGUGACAAGUACCACGGUGCAUGUCGACAGCAAGAGUCGGUGCUGAUGAAGCAGCAAUCUUUGUUGGAGAGAGCCGGCGCACUCGACGGAGAGCGCCAAGAGCUGCGGAGGCAGUUGGCGGAGCAAGAGGAGAGACGGCUCGACCUUCAGAGCGAGCUGCAACAGAUGUCCAAGGAGAAGGAACAACUGCAGGCUCAGCUCACUCAGCAGCAGAACUGCACUCUGGAGCUUCAAAAGGAUAAACAGAGGCUAGAAACACAAAUGGGUGCACUCGUGGAGAGUGUGGCUGAGCUGAAGGAGUUGGUGGAAGAUUUAAAGGAGAGGGAGAGGCUCCUGGUCGCGUUUCCACACCUCAGCCCUCUGUCCCGCACCCAACCAGAGAGUACGGGGAACGUGCUUCUGGACAUGGAGCUGCAGAUGCAAGCGAACGGCCUCCGCAUAAACAUUCUGGAACGGGAAAACGUCAACCUGCGCAGCAGCAUCGAGAAACUUGGGGAGAGAGCGCAGCGCGGCGACGCGACGGAAGAGACGCGGAGCGCUGCAGUGGACGUGCUCAGUACGGCGCACAAAACGACAAAACGCAAUGCGACAACGGAGGCUUCACCGCAGCAGACAUGGAGCGAAGAAACGCCAAACAGUCCACCGCUGAGCGGCAGUGCUGCGUGGUUGGCGUACAGCAACAAACUGAAAGAAGCGAGACGAGUUCAAAGCGGUCGUGCGUCCGCCGGGUCGAGGGGCCGCAGGUCCACCGCCGCUGUCUCGCCCCUGCAAAUACGCGUGCAGACCCUUAACUUUGACAUGACCCACUCCAUGGCGACUAAAAGUCAUAUAAAAACAUUGAGUCCCUGCUUACCUCCUCACUGCAACGGCUGGAAGCAGAGGAGGAAAUGAAACCAUGAAAUGUCUGCACUGUGUGCGACCCUUUUCGGGGUUUUUUUUACGUAGGAACCUACUUUUUAACCCGUCACGUUAACUCAAGUGCACUUUGCGUGACCAUAAUUACGUGACAGUUUGUGCUAUUGGAAAAAUUCUGAAAGCUGAGAAGUUGCACGU